AUGGUUUCUUUAAGGAGAAAAACACAAUCACCAACAAGUGAAGGGAAAAGGAGAAGUGCCAGGUUAUUGGCACUUGAAGGGCAAAAGUGUGCAAAAGUGGGUGAUCAUAUGCUAUCAAUAGAAACAGCUACAAAGGUUGUUGAAAAUGGCAUAGCAAGUGUGCACAAUAAGCGCGGAGGAGCGAAUAAGACAAAACAAGCAAAUCAGGAAUCAAAUUAUUAUGCACAAGAAGUUGCUACAAGUGAAAAUGGUAACUCAUCGAGCAAUUCCUCUACCGAUCGAAUCAUCGAAUAUGUUCUCGAUGUAUUGGAACUGAAAGACACAAAUGAGUUGUUCACCAUGCCAGAUGACAUCCAGAUCAGUGACUAUUCCGAGAGGGUCAACAAGCCUGGCGACUUUGCGACGCUGAGACAGAAGCACAAGGAUGGAAUGUAUAAGUCAUUAGAACAAUUUGAGAACGAUGUUUAUAUGAUAUUUCGGAGGGCAAUGGCGAUAAAUUCGCGAGACACUGUACCAUAUAGAGAGGCAAUGUGUUUACAAGAUCAAGCAAAGCAAGUUUUCCAAUCUUUAAAGAAUAAUCGCACAUAUUCGGAGUUAGAACUCUCAGCUUGGCACCAAAACUGA